GCAAUGCACAAAACCUUGAACUAAUGAAGAAAAUUUCUGUUAAUUAACCACGCUCACUUAGGCAAGUUGCCCAGGGGAUUUGUAAGCAAAAUCCAUAUAAACACUUACUGAAUAGCGAAUUCUAGUCUUAUCUGACCUAGUCCAGUUUGCUGCCUUUGUAGAUGUCUUCCAAUGACAACUCUCCUUCAUCAGGCAUCCAAUCUGGGCCUUUAGCAGGACUAGCCUUCUUUGUGUUGAGCUUGGUGAUCGUUGGAAUAAUGAUCGUAUGUGCAAGGAAAGCAAGAAAUGCGAUUGUGCUAGAAUCGCAAGCGGCAGUGGCUCCCCCACCUGCGAAUAUGAUACGGAUUUGGGAGGUUGAUGCACCAACAAUGGAGAAGUUCUUCCAAGAAUUAGCGAGGGAGAAGCCGGUCAGGUUCACUGCUCAGCAGCUAUGCAGCUUCACUGCUAACUACACCACGACACUGGGUUCUGGAGGGUUUGGAGUGGUUUACAAGGGGCAGUUCCCCAAUGGGGUCAAGAUUGCAGUGAAGGUCCUGAAUAGGAGUUCGGACAGACAAGCUGAAGAACAGUUCAUGGCAGAGGUGGGAACCAUAGGCAGAACUUACCAUAUCAAUCUAGUCAGGCUCUAUGGUUUCUGCUAUGAUCAGUUCAUGAGCGCACUUGUCUACGAAUACCUGGAAAACGGAUCCCUGGACAAGUACUUGUUCAGCGAGGCACGAGAAAUCGAGUGGGAGAAGCUGCAUCAUAUAGCAGUUGGGACAGCAAAGGGCAUAGCUUACUUACAUGAAGAAUGUGUACAAAGAAUCAUUCACUGUGACAUAAAACCCGGUAACGUUCUCCUUGAUGCUGACUUCUUUCCUAAGGUUGCAGACUUUGGGCUUGCUAAGCUUUGUAACAGGGACAACACGCACCUGACACUCUCGGGAUAUAGAGGGACUCCAGGCUACUCAGCACCAGAAUUUUUACUGAAAAACCAUCCCAUAACCCAUAAAUGUGAUGUUUAUAGCUUUGGGAUGCUGUUGUUUGAGAUAGUUGGGAGGAGGAGGAAUGCCAAAGUCGGUUCUAAUGAUAGCAUGGAUUGGUUCCCCAAACAUGUUUGGGAAGAGCAUGAGAAAGGGGAUUUAGCAGCAAUGACUGUGGCCUGUGGAAUUGAAGAGAAGGACAGGGAGAAGGCAGAGAGAAUGUCUAUGGUGGCUCUAUGGUGUGUCCAGGACUCACCCGACUCGAGGCCUCCGAUGAGUGCUGUGGUAAAGAUGCUGGAGGGAGGAGUAGAAGUCAUGCCCCCGCCAAAACCAUUUCAUUAUCUGUACUCAGUAGGGAUGAACGUGUUCCAGCAGGCAAAUGAAACCGGUACAAGUUCAAGCUAUGCAACAAGUGAAGAACCCAAUUCAAUUUGGUACAAGGAAACCACACCAAUCAUCGCCAAGUAUGAGAUACAAGUAGCUAGUUCUUAACCAUGGAAGCACUCAAGGGAGAGAGGUUCAAAUUUGAACGAUGAAAUGAGAAGAAAAAUUGAAGUAGAGUUUGUUAAAAAUUUGUUAUAUAAUAUUAUUGUAGUUGCAUUUGUGUCAACUAUAUAUCAUAUAAGUCGAUCAUGUUUUAGGGCAGCAUGCUUAUAUAUCA